AUGAACACUGACAUCCCAGCCAACAAUAAGGAAGUAGAACAGUGGAAAAAGGCCAGUGAUCCCCAAGAUGCUGCAGUUUUGUUUAAGAGGCAUCUCUUAAAGGAAAAGGAGGAGAACCCCAAAAUCACAGCUAUCAUUGACAUUCGACAAGAUCAAACAUCCCAGAGCCGAGAGAUCAUUGCUUUCUACAAAAGACCACAGAUUGAUUGGGCAGGACCUUUUCGUUGUUCUUUACAAGGUGACACAGCUGUUGGCACUGGGGUCCAGAGACACUUUUUCAGCAUGACAAUGCUAAAGUUGCAACAUGGCUUUAACAUCCAUAGCGGUGCAGCCAACGUGACCCUUCUCUUUGAGGGACAAGAGAACCAUCUAGUGCCUUCUACUUCUCAGAUUUUGGCAGACAGUGACUUAUUUGUGGUAGCAGGCAGAAUGAUUGGGCAUUCAUUUUUGAACGAUGGGCCACGAUUGCAUGGCCUCAGCAAGGCUAUUAUUCACAUGUUGGUCCAUGCUGAUAGAGACACUGUCACUGUCCAGCUCGAUGAUGUGCCAGAUCUAGAUAUUCGUUCUACAAUUUGCAUGCUUGAUGGUAAUAAACACCUCACUGAGCAGCAGAAGGAUGACAUUAACAAUUUGGCCAUUUCCUGGGACUUGCCACCCGUCAGUGCAGAAAACCGCAGAUGGCUGUUCCAACAGCUUCUCCAUCAUGCAGUGAUAGGCCGAACUAAAAGGCAGACAAAACACAUCAGAAAAGGUCUGAAGGACACCGGAUUGUUGACUAUGCUUCAACAAAGACCUGACACAGCCUCAGUGGUCUUUCCCCAGCAUGAAGACAGCAUACUUACUGCACAGGCUGUUCUAAGCCACAUUGUUUGGCCAGGAGAUGAGGGCGAUGAUGAAGACGAUGAUGAUCCACCUUACCCACUAAGCAUCCAAAAGCAAACAGUGGGAUUUCUGAAGGCCUACAUUGAAACAGCUCAGCCAGCUGAUGAGGUUUUGGGUCGGGUGGGAAAUUCCGACUGGUACCAUGAAGGUUGA